AUGCCCUACAUCAGCAACGGAUCAGCCUCUCCUCCGGCCAUCCCAAACCAGAACCCUACUCCUCCCCCAGACACUGCUUUCGAGAAGCUCGUCCACGAUCUUAGCGCCGCAUUAGGGCCAAGCUCGGGGCUUGAUUCGGAUGACGUCGACCCACUCGAUAUCCAGCGCCUGAUGGAGGGUUAUAUCUCUAAUUCAGAGGAAUGGGCGCAAUAUGCACUGGGGGAUAGUAGUCGGCCGUAUACAAGGAACCUCAUUGACGAGGGGAAUGGGAAGAGUAACUUGCUUAUCUUAGUUUGGAGUCCUGGGAAGAGCAGCGUGAUCCACGAUCAUGCCAAUGCACACUGCGUCAUGAAGAUCCUCAAAGGCACCCUCCAAGAGACCCUCUAUUCAUGGCCAGAUCAAGAGAAGGUCGAGCAUGGACAAGUAUCGCCUCCACAGGUGAGGAGGGAGACUCUUUAUGGCAGAGACCAGGUCACCUACAUGUCUGAUGAAUUGGGUCUUCACAAAAUCUCCAACCCUGAUCCGAACAACUUUGCCGUCUCAUUACACUUAUAUACACCACCUUAUGCUGCUUUACACGGUUGCUCCAUCUUUGACGAGAAAACCGGCAAAGCAAAGCAUAUCAACCAGAACAAUUUCUACUCGGUACGAGGAGUGCGAAGUUAA